GACUCCUCCUCUUGGCCUUGGACUGGGAGUGCAGUGGGAGUCUUGACUUGAGACUUGAGUCUGAGUCUAAACAAUUUGGAACUUGAAAUUCAAUUUGAAUUGAAGUUGAACUUGUCUUCAUGGUCUUGCCUCUUGGGCCUUCAUUCAGUGUAUGCAUAUGAUCUAACCUCUGUUCUAGAUCUAGUUAGAUUUCUAAGUUAGAUGUAGAAAUCUAGAUAACUUUAUCAAACGAAAAUGGAUUUCGAGGACGAGGGAGUCGCCUGUGAAAGUGGAAAGUUGAUGGAUGUGCUGGCAGAACAAGAGCAGACUGAUCUUCAGAGGGAUUUUGAAAGAGCAACAACAUUUAUGACUUCAGUCGCUGGGAAUCUUGGCAGUACCAAGCUGUUAUAUUUCUAUGCAAGAUUCAAGCAGGCAACAGUUGGAAAAUGCAACAUAUGCAGGCCUGGUAUGUUCAACUUCCAAGGGAAACAAAAAUGGGAUGCAUGGAAUGCCUUGAAGGAUAUGAGUGGAGAACAGGCCAUGAUGGAAUACAUUGAAGCAAUGGAUGAAGUUGACCCGGACUGGAGCUUAAAGGUCAAAGGUCAGAAGUCAUCUUCCAGAGGUUUUGGCCUUGGAGUCAGUACCAUGCUGGUCGAAGAAGAAGAGGAAUUGAGUGAUCAAGAGAAAUCCAUUUUUGACUGGUGCAAGGAGGGCGAUGUCGAUCAAGUGCGACUUCUUCUCUCCAAUGAGGGCACCAACAUCGAACAAGUGGAUGAGGAUGGUUUGACCCUGCUUCAUUGGGCAUGUGACAGAGGUCACCUGGAGGUCGUGACCCUACUCCUGGAGCGAGAGGUCAACGUGAAUGCUCUGGACCAAGAUGCCCAAACCCCACUUCAUUAUGCCUGUACGUGCGAACACCUCCCUAUCAUUGAAGCUUUGGUCAAACAUGGUGGCAACAUGAACGCAAAGGAUGCAGAUGGGAACCUGCCUGCUGACAACACGUACAGGAAAGACAUCCAUCAAUUACUAGCAAUAAGCCGUGAUGUAACAUGAUAUUAGAUCAGGGGGGUGUUCCACAAAGAUCCUAAAAUCCUAACAAUUAUGGAAAGCCAUUAGCAUCCUUUAAAAUAUUUAGUAAAAGUUAUUUUAAAAGGCAUAAAAUUUUGAUUCAAAUCAUUCAUAUUUUCU